AUGAUGGGCCCCAAGAUCUACCACGUCCUGGCCAUGCUGGUCAUGCUGCUCGGCAUCGUCGUCUCGCAGACGCCCAGCCCCAUCUCGGCUGUCUCUGCCGCGGCAGCGGCCUCCAGCGUGCCGGAGGCCAGCGGCGGACCCAACGGGGGCAAGGGAGGCGAUGGCGGUCGGGCCGGAGACGACCCGUGCCGGCGCGCCAAGCGGGCGGCGAAUGAUGGCCCUGCCGGCCCCAACGGACCCUCGGCCGAGACGGCCAGUGGUGAAAGCUGCAAAAGCGGGGGCGAGGGCAGCAGAAGCGAAGGAUCCCUGCCCCAGGCGCCAGCUCCUGCCGGGCCGGCGUCUGCGCCCGCCGCCUCGGGCGCCGCGGGAUCCUCCGGCUCAUCCAACACCACGUCGCCAAGGCCCGCGGGCAAUCCCGCGGGCGGCGCCGCUGGCAAUCCCGCGGGCAAUGCUGCGGGCAGCGCCCAGACAACGGCGAGGGUCGCGACGACUUCCAUGGCGGCAGGCGCGGCCUCCCAAACCCGGGUCAGCGGCGCUUCUUCCACAGUCAAGGAAGCCGCAGAGGCGACCGCGGCCCGCAGCGGCGGCUCCUCGACCGGCUCCUCGGCCGCCCUGAACAGCGCCGCAGUCAAGGCCACCGACUUCACCAUCAUGAGCGUCGCCCUGACUGCGGGCCUGGUCGCCUUCGGCCUCUACAUGUCCUAG